UCUUUUCAUCCUAAUCAAUAUAUAUGAUUGCCAUUUAUGUUACUAAGUACGUAAGACAUGUGUGACUAUCAGUUUUGAAGUUACGACUUUGAACGAUGUGCGUGAGGUUGGCAAGGAGCAAAGAUUUCUAACAGGUGGCGCCAUUCACAGUAAGCUUUAGAGAAUCGGUACUAGUGGUCGGGGGAAAUUUGUGUAUGAUAAUUUAUAGCAAACGCGCAAAAUUUAAAUUUUUAAUUAUAACGUUUUCAGUGAAAGGAACGAAAAACGUCAUAAAAUAGGAAAGUAUGGAGAAUAUUUGAAGUGACUCCAAUUUAUAAUACUGCAUAAUAAAGGAAUUAUUUUAGGUCAAGAUAAUGUGGAUUCUUCUAUCAUCUAAUUACUUUAUGUUUGAGCUAUAUAACAGUAUUUUACUUUUAACAGUUCGUUAAGAGUGCAUGGUGAUGUAUUAAUAUAAGCAUGGAUUUCUGUGCUUUCGAAGACGUUUGUAAGAUGUACAAAUUAUUUUUGCUCCUUUAUAAGAAGUUCUGUAACUGUUUGGAGGGCCACCAUAAACAAUAUUCAAUAUGGACGCUGCUGGCGUGUUGGUGUCGUGUAGUGUGGCCUGUAACAGCGUACCUCGUAGGUGCUCUGGUAUCCGUUUGGGUCGGGAUUGGGUGCUGACGACCGGAAGCAUCCUGAGCACCGUUCUGGAAGACAUAAGUGGCCAGAACAAUGUGGCCAGCUGGAAAAGUUUUGUGGACACAACGAACCAAGGUCGUCUGGUUCGCGUACAAGACAAACUGCUCUUGAAAAGUCAGGUCACAUUUUCAGUAAUUACGUCACAUGUGACGAGCUCAAAUGAUCAAAUUUCAUUCACAAAUAACAACUUGGGCUUUAAGGAGGGUAAUUGUAGUCCAACCAAUAAACAAUUUCCAACGAUUCCACCAAAGUCUGGAGGAUAUGUGCAGUGUAAUAAUGAGAAACUUGGGAGUUCUUUGUCAAUAGCUCUUGAACAACCAUUAGUAUCUUCGGAUGCAUGUGGGAAGCAUGAAGAAUUUAAAUGUGUUCUGAAAUAUAUAUUUCGAAGUACUCUUGUUUCGGAAGCUGUUGAUACCAUUCUGUCAUCUUGGGUACUAGGUAGUACAUUGUCUAAUGAAGACGACAGUAAUGUUGACACAGAGUCUGAGAUUGCAAAAAAUUUGAUAUCCAUGUUUUUGAUACUUAAACUCCAAACCGACAAUGAUGAUAGUUCUGAGGUAAAUGAAUACGAUGCAUUUGUGAACAUGCUCCGUGGUAUGUUUGAACCGGAAGAAGAGGUUUUGAAACGUGGCCAGUUUGUGGUUGUGGAGUCUACACCAUUCGGGAACUGUUAUUUCCAUAACUCGAUUAGUCAGGGCAUCAUCAGCAACGUCCUUGGUCCUGGUCACUGUCUUCUGUUAACAGAUGCAAGUACUGCUAUCGGCUGCGAAGGAGGGCCAAUCUCUGUUAUUAAACAAAGAGAUGAGAAGCUGGGGCGUCGCUUAAUAGGGAUGGUUCUAUGCUCCAUCAGCUGGUGGCGCGGUGAGUGGAUAGGAUUCACCCUGGGCGUGGCACUGCAACCAGUUGUCCACCGAUUGUUGUCGGACGCGUCUUUAAGUAAAAGUCUGCCCCUCAUGCCACCAGACACUUCUUCGGACCGAUUAGCGGGAGUGGAUGACUGUGUGGUGCUGGUACGCUGUGGAGUCAGCUGGGGUUCUGGUGUCACCAUCGACUGUCUUGAUGGCAUUGUGCUGACUUGCUCCCAUGUCGUUCGCAACGCACGAAACGGUGGUGUGUGGAUCUACCGGAAAAACCGAAGAUUCGCUGCGAGUGUUUUAUUCCGGAGCAGAGAUGGCCUUGCCUAUGAUGUGGCUGUAUUGAGAGUGGGUCCGGGAUUGGCUCUCAGUUCAGUAAAAGUCUCCAGUAACGCGGCUGUUAAAGGGGAGCCUGUGAUCGCUGCUGGAUUCUCACUUUUCUCGGAAAAUGACAACGUCCAGCCCACGGUGACACGUGGCAUUGUGACCCAUGUAUCUAACCCUGUGGCAGUGCUGCAGACAAGUUGCUGCAUCCAGUCGGGUGCAAGCGGGGGCGCUUUGUUCAGAUGCACUGGCGACUUGGUGGGAAUCAUCUCCUGUAACAUCAUGGACACCAGCUCAAAGGCACUAUUCCCACGCAUCAACAUGGCUGUACCAGCGAGCGUUCUGGCCGAGCCACUGAACGCCUUUCUGCGUACAGGCGAUAUGCAGUUUCUGGCUGAUAUGGAAAGCAAGGAUCCAGUAAUACAGCGUCUUUGGAAAUUACAAACUACUGUCAGCAAGCUGUGAUUGUGAAUCAGAACUCUUGUAGUAAAAUAAAACCCUCGCCUCUUUUUUUUCAGAUUCUCUAGCAUUUCAGCAAAGUGAAUGUCCAAAUACGCGAAUUAUAACACAGAAUGUGUGUUAAGAAUAUGCUAUAAGCCUGUGCUGCCAUUCGUCCCCAACUUUCAGAAUAAACACACGCGAAGGGCCAACUUGCUGAUUCCCGCUCUAUUCACAACUAACAACGUGACAUCAGACAAAUUUCAUUUCAUGUGGUUCACGAAAGUACAAUUUAAUCUUUCGCCUUAUGCAUAAUAAAUCGGUGGAUGACGA